AUGUAUACAUGCACUGAUAUUUUAAUUUUUCACUUUUUUCUCAGAUAUGAACUUGUAGAGACAAUAUUGUCAACAGGGAUUGUGUCUGAAAUAUUGAUCCGACAAGCUGACAGAAGGGAUUCAGCAUUGUUCAGCUGUAUAGCUGUUAAUGCCUAUGGCAGAGAUGAUACUAACAUACAGCUUAUUGUUCAAGAACCACCAGAUGGCCCUCAAGAUGUACGUGUUCUAGAGACAACUAGCAGGAGUGUCAAAUUAUCAUGGUCGCCACCUCAGUAUAACGGUAACACUCCAAUCACCCAGUACAUCAUACAGUACAGAGACGAAGGAGGCAAAUGGCAUAAUAGAAUGACAAACGUUUCUGUUACCGGAACGGAAACAUCUGGAAUGGUAACUGGUUUGAAACCUGCAAAAAUCUACUUGCUCCGAGUGUUAACAGAAAACAGAAUCGGUCGUAGCGAACCUUCUAAACCUGUUGAAGCGAUUACUCAAGAAGAAGCUCCUGGAGCUGCUCCCAUAAAAGUGCGAGCUAUUCCAACUAGUUCGCAAUCAAUUAAAGUAAGCUGGAAGCCACCCACAACAGAACUGCAGCAUGGUUUACUGAAAGGAUAUUACGUCGGUUACAAGAUCGCCGACACUCCCGACACCUUUGUAUACAAGACACUAGAAAUCGGCGAGGGCUUCAAGGAGGAAUGUCACGUGACUGGGCUUAGAAGAAAUACCAAGUACAGCGUGGUGGUGCAGGCGUUCAAUUCAAAAGGUGCCGGUCCACCAUCGGAUGACGUCGUCGUUCAGACGUUGGAGAAUGACCCACCUUUGACUCCGCCAUUAACGGUAAUGGACAAAACAACGUCAUCGAUUCAUCUUGCAUGGGAUCCAAAUUAUGAUAAAGGAAAUCCAGUAUCAGGUUACGUGCUUCACCAUAAGCAUGAGGAUGGCAAUGAUUGGGUGGAGUCCAACAUCGCGGGAGAUCAGCGUAACUACUUAGUUCAUGGCUUAGAAUGUGGCACUAAAUAUCAUUUUUUCCUCUUGGCAUACAAUUCUGCAGGAAAAGGUGAACCCGGAGAAAUUUUGGUCAUCAAAACAGAAGGUGGAGCUCCAUUAGCCCCGGAUAAGCAAUCCAUUCUGAGCACGAAUAUGACGGCAGCAACAAUGAAUCUGGUGUCGUGGCACGAUGGAGGUUGUCCCAUCAAGUCGUUCAAGGUUCGCUACCGUCAGCAGCAGGAUAUGGAGUGGACAGUUCUCAACGACGGACCACUGCCUUCGGACAAUAUGAGAGUUGAUUUGGUCGGCCUAUCUCCUGGAUCAUGGUAUCAGAUUCACAUAUCUGCCACAAAUAAAGCUGGUACAACGGACGCUGAAUACACCUUUUCUACGCUUAAUACUUUAGAUGCAGUUACUCCGAAAACAGUUGUAAAUAAAGUAACAGCCCCCUUCUACCUCGACAUGACCAUCAUACUUCCGGUGGCUGUUUCGGGUGUGGUCAUUAGCGUUGUCCUCUGUGUUGUGUGCGUUGUUGUCAGAAAGAAACAUUCAUCUGAACAUUAUGGUACUGGUCCUUACCAGGGAAGAAAAGGAAGUGCCUCGGAAGCAAUGAGGAUGUCAGAGAUGGAAAAGAAUAAAAAACACUCAUCGUCUGUUUCUUCUUACUAUCCUCAGCCUUAUGCAACCACUCAUUUAGCUGGAAGAGGUCGAAGUGAAGAUGGAACAGAUUCUGGAUAUCAUCAGGUAGUAAAUCAUUCCAAUUUGUACACAGCCUUGUUAAAAUUGUGCAUGCAUUAUAUUGUUAUCAUUGUUUCUUGCAUUAGUACUGGCCCUUACCAGGGAAGAAAAGGAAGUGCCUCAGAAGCAAUGAGGAUGUCAGAGAUGGAAAAGAAUAAAAAACACUCAUCGUCUGUUUCUUCUUACUAUCCUCAGCCUUAUGCAACCACUCAUUUAGCUGGAAGAGGUAGAAGUGAAGACGGAACAGAUUCUGGAUAUCAUCAGUUGCAGGAGGAGCCUCUAUACGCAACAGUGAAAAGAACACCACGUCCUCCCAGGUCAGAUGGACAUAUUUAUCACUGUCCAGGUUUGUUGAUGGAUGCCGAGCAACGAAGUCAAAACAACACGACGACGUCAUCCAAAGAUGGCGGGGGAAUGAGGGUAAAACUCAGUGAGAACGACGCCCACAACAACACAUCAGGUGAGGAUGAUGAAAUGCUCAUGCAGCGAAUCCAAAAAUACCUAGAAGCAGCAGAAAAAGUCGUGAUUCCAAGCACUUAAGAAAAUCUUAAUAAAAGAAGAAACUCUUUUUUCUGUGGUGUUCAACCGAAUCUAGUCAUUGAUUGGAUAGCAGAAGAGCCAAUGAGAAAGAGACUCUUGAACUGUUCACUUAACCUCUGUAUCAUUGAACACUGUAAAUACGUCCUUCUGCUAUCCGAAUUCGCUGGAAAAACAACAUUGUGAUCUACAUAUUUUUUUUUCCUUCAACUUGUUCUAUAUUAUACAUAUGCAUCAAAAUUUUCAAGUUCGGAAGAGUAUAUAGUAUUAUUCUAUACAGAAAUAACAACAACAAAAAAAUCUUGAAAAAAAAAAGAACAUUUUUGAAUAUGGUAUUAUGCUGUUAAGUCUCUUCUUGGACUGAUGAGGUUCACUUUGUAUAUAUGUUCGUUAAAAAGAGACUUAACUGCAACUCGUAUACCAGUCUUCCUAUCUUUUUCUGACAUACUAUAAGUAGCGUGAUUCAUAUAAUAUUCAUUUUAAACUUUAAAAAAAAAUGACACUAGUCAGCAAAGAGUCAGUUGCCUGUACCAUUUUAAGUAGAGAAAAACAAGACGGGGAAUUCAAACUUCUCUGAAAACCACCAAGACUGUUGUCUUUUAAGAAUUUUUAUUUGUCUUUAAAAGGGUUAGAAUGACCUGCAUGAAGAAAAAAAGCAAAUUAAGCACAAAGAAAAGUCAGAGAAGGAGGUCAAUUAAGUUAAAGCUAUUUAUUUCUGAGGCUAAUAUAUCAUUCUUGGAAAUAUAGUCAGCCUUGCGCACAGACCGCCUUUACUCUCCAGAGAAGCCGAUGCUCGUCUAUCUGAAACUGGAUAGGCUUCAAGCUGCUAUUGGGGAUCGAACCCCAGUUCGAAUGUCAGUUCAGUGCCUUUACCCCUGAGGCAAUGACUAAUUAACCACUUAAUUAAGUAUAAGGAGCUAAUAUUAUUAAUAAAUAAGUAAUUUCGUACACUGAGUGGUUAAAACAUUUCAGUAAAAUAAACAGUUACGAACUGUUUUUAAGCUGCGAAAUAGAUUAUCAAAAAAUGCUCCCUAUUAAUAGAACUCGCUUAGAACUCUUGUAAAAGACAAAAUAAAAAAAAACACGCAAAGUCCACAAAUUAAAAUCUAGAAAAUUAAAAACUUUUACAAAUCAUUAUUAAGAUUGAGAAAAGCGAAGAAAGUACUCAUAUCAUUAUAAAAUAAUUUAAUUUGUCCAAUGAGAUUAAAUGUGUUUCAAAGUCAGUAAAAAAGUUAAUUGAAUAAUGUUUCGAUGUCUUUAAUCUCUUCGUUGCUCUUAUUGUCUUCAAUAAUUUUUGGUCAAAAUUUGAAUAUUUUGAUCUUUUUUGCACUUAACUAUUAAUUAACGGCAUAUCGUGUGCAUUAUAACGUAUGCACCCAUAAUGCAUUUUGCAGAAAUUAAUGUACUGUUAUUAGCAAAAAAAUUAAUUUUCCAGGAUUUUAAUCCCUUUUUGCUCUUAUUGAUAUUAAUAAUAAUUGUUCAAAUUUUGAAUAUUUUCUUCUAAUAUGCCCAUUAAGAUAUGAAUCUACUUUGCAUUCAGGCACUAUUUAAAUUUUUUUUUUUUUGAUGAUAAUCAUGAUGAUUUUAAUCACUCUCGUGCUUUUAUUGCCUCAAUAAUGAAUUGCUAAAAUAUGAAUAUUUUGUUCCUCUUUUGUCCUAAAAUAUUAAUUUUCUAAACCUGACACGUAUUAUGAAGUAUGCAUCUACAAUUAAUUCUGUUUAUUCAUUAUCAAAAAGUGUUUUUCUAUAUUUUUAACUCUUUCAUUGCUCUUAUGAAUCUCAAUCAUUUUUGCUCAAAAUUAGAAUUCUUUUUUUAAUGAUUCAUAUUUUGGCAUCAUUUUCAGAAUUUGCAUGAAGAAAGCUGGCUAAAAAGAAGCUUAACUUGACCUAACAGUAAUGACUAACUGUUGCAAACUCACAACAGUUAUGAAAAUAGUACAUUAUCAACAAAAAACCUUUAUUUAAUGUGAACUUUCGAAAAACAGUCUUCAAUAUUUAACGAUGUCUAAUAUACAUAACGUAAGGAUUAUUGAAAAGAUAUGUUAAGGGCGGUCAUUACUUGAGCAAUUCAAAUGUUUUAAAACUGGAAAUAUGAAUGAAAUUUGCUCCUAUCAGACUUUUGUACUUUUAUCUGAAACUCGUAGCACAAACUCAGAAAUAAAACAGCAACUGACAAAAAAAAUUUCUGUUGUACAGUGUAAUGGCUGCAAAAUAAUAACUUUUAAUCAAAGAAGUACAAUUCAUGGAGUCGUUUUUAUAAGAUUUUUAAUUCAAAAGCUAAUUUUUUGCUAAAUUUCACUUAGAUGGAGGUUUUAAAUUAUGAAAAAUUCCAAAGUUAUGUAUUUAUUCACUAUUCUAUUAACUAUUCACAGAAGAGUUUAUUGCUGAGUCAUAAAAAGUGUAUAUUGUUAUUUACAUUACUUUUAAGAGCUUCGUUUUAAAUUUUUGAGCUUAGGCUUUGAGGUUUAACAUUCAGUACAAUAGCAAUAUAAUAACCAAAACAAUUCAAUAUAAUAACAAUAUAUUACUAUAUUAAAUCUUGAUGUGUUUUACUUUUUCGA